UCCACUCAUCACUCCCAUCCCAUCCUUGUGUUCCACAACAAAAACGCUACCCAACUUCAUUUUCCCGAGAAAAAUCAAAAAGAAAAGAAAAUAUGAGAGAAAUCUUGCACAUCCAAGGUGGUCAAUGCGGGAACCAGAUCGGUGCCAAGUUCUGGGAAGUCGUAUGCGACGAGCAUGGAGUCGACAACACCGGAAAGCAUUUCGGAGACUCCCCCCUUCAGUUGGAGCGUAUAAAUGUCUAUUACAAUGAAGCCAGUGGCGGAAGGUAUGUCCCACGCGCCGUCCUCAUGGAUCUCGAACCCGGCACCAUGGACUCCGUCAGAUCUGGUCCUUUUGGUCAAAUCUUUCGCCCCGAUAACUUUGUAUUCGGACAAUCUGGUGCUGGUAACAACUGGGCUAAGGGUCAUUACACCGAGGGAGCGGAGCUUAUUGAUUCUGUUCUUGAUGUUGUUAGGAAAGAGGCUGAGAAUUGUGAUUGUUUGCAAGGAUUUCAAGUUUGUCAUUCUUUGGGUGGUGGCACUGGAUCUGGAAUGGGAACCCUUCUUAUUUCCAAGAUCAGGGAGGAGUAUCCUGAUCGCAUGAUGUUGACAUUUUCGGUCUUCCCUUCUCCCAAGGUAUCUGAUACAGUUGUUGAGCCAUACAAUGCCACCCUUUCUGUUCAUCAGCUUGUGGAGAAUGCUGAUGAAUGUAUGGUGUUGGACAAUGAGGCUCUGUAUGAUAUCUGCUUUCGUACACUCAAGCUUGCCACUCCAACUUUUGGUGACCUUAACCACCUCAUAUCUGCUACUAUGAGCGGUGUGACAUGCUGUCUGCGGUUCCCUGGACAGCUAAACUCCGAUCUUCGCAAGCUGGCUGUUAACCUUAUCCCCUUCCCACGACUACACUUCUUCAUGGUUGGAUUUGCUCCUUUGACGUCCAGAGGAUCGCAACAGUACCGGGCCUUGACUGUGCCUGAACUGACUCAGCAGAUGUGGGAUGCCAAAAACAUGAUGUGUGCUGCUGACCCACGCCAUGGCCGUUACCUAACUGCCUGUGCAAUGUUCCGUGGCAAGAUGAGCACUAAGGAGGUUGAUGAACAAAUGAUUAACGUCCAGAACAAGAACUCGUCAUACUUUGUGGAGUGGAUCCCUAACAAUGUUAAGUCUAGUGUCUGUGACAUCCCACCAAAGGGUCUGAAAAUGUCAUCCACUUUCAUCGGAAAUUCAACCUCGAUUCAGGAGAUGUUUCGGAGGGUAAGUGAGCAGUUUACAGCAAUGUUCAGGAGGAAAGCUUUCUUGCACUGGUACACUGGUGAAGGAAUGGAUGAGAUGGAGUUCACCGAAGCUGAGAGUAACAUGAAUGAUUUAGUUCAGGAGUACCAGCAAUACCAGGAUGCGACCGCAGAUGAUGAGUACGACGAGGAGCCGGAGGAGGAAGAAGAGGAAAUUGGAGCUUGAGGGAGGAGUUUUUUUGUUUGUUUUGUUUUAAAUGGUCUGAAAUUUGUAUUUUAAUUGGAUUGGCGGUCGUUGGGUGAUAUAUUUAUUUUGUGUAGGGGGUCAAAUUCAGAUUGACAACCAUGUGCAUGGAUGUUAUGGGUCUUUGUAUUUGGGAUUGUUCUAUUGUUGCUUUGUAUUUGCCUUUAAUGUUUUAUGAUGAAUGAUGUAUGUUUGUAUUUAAUAGAAU